AUGGCAGUCGAUUUCUCGAAGUCACAGAAGGCGCCCAUGCUUCUCAACGAUCUCUCGGAGGACGUCAUGUUCGCCUUACGGAAGUUCUGCGGCACCUACGGCAACAAGACCAUGACCCAGCCUGCCCUCAAGAUGCUUCAGCCGAUACCACUCGUCCUCUCUGCUCCAGCAGUCAAGGAGGCAGACAAGAUGUCUGCAGCACAGUGAAACCUGGCAGCGUCAAAGUGCAUGCAAGAGAUCGCGGUUCGUGGUUUCAUCAAGCUCAUCGAGUACGCCCUGAGCACCAUGGACGGGCCGCUGCAGAUGCCUCACAAGUGAAAGGACAUGGUGUACUACACGACCCUUGGUUCAGGUGUGUAUCUAUUGUGGCUACAUCAAUUGGUGACACGUACCGAAGACUUAUGUUGUGUUGUGCUGGUCGUGUGAUGGCACGCCCGACCAUCAUGUGGAAUGUACCAAAUAGUUGCAACGGCUCGAAUUUGAUGCAGACCACUAUUAUUAGUCGACAACACCUCUGCUUGUAUAGAUGUUCCAGCCCCGAACGAAUUCGCUGCCAUGCCUGAAUCAGAGGCAAGAGGGCACACGUUGACGACACGUUCACCACGAGACAAGGUGCUGCUCCGCCUCCAAAAAUGCACACAAAUAGCGGACUUCCUCUUGCUCCCACAUGCGCUGUUGCCGUUUGAAAUGUAUCGCAGGCACCUCCAAGGCGA